UCUUGCACACAAAAGGAAACUACACUCCAGCUGCCUGUCACUGUUCUCAGAACGUUCUGCUACUCCACUAACUCUCUGUUCAGUAACAUGACCAGCAAGAAAGUCAUUGUAGUGUUUGGAGCAACAGGAGCUCAAGGCGGCUCUGUGGCCAGGGCCAUCUUAGAGAACAAAAAGUUUGCUGUAAGAGCCCUGACCAGGGAUGUGACUCGUCCCAAAGCACUGGAGCUCCGGGACCUUGGUGCUGAGGUUGUCAAAGGAGACCUGAAUGAUAAAGCUUCCAUAGAGGCUGCAUUUCAAGGUGCAUAUGGGGCCUUCGUCGUGACCAACUUCUGGGACCAUCUCAGUAAAGAAAAGGAAGUGUGUCAGGGGAAGAUGGUGGCAGAUGCUGCCAAGCGCCUGGGCCUGAAGCACGUGGUGUACAGCGGCCUAGAGAAUGUCAAACGCCUAAGUGGCGGCAAGUUGGAGGUGCCACACUUUGAUGGGAAAGGAGAAGUGGAGGAGUAUUUCUGGUCCAUCGGCGUCCCUAUGACCAGUGUCCGCCUGGCAGCAUACUUUGAAAACUUCCUCACCUUGUGGAAGCCCGCGAAGGCCUCGGAUGGAGACUACUAUACUUUGGCUCUGCCUAUGGGAGACAUACCAAUGGAUGGCAUCUCUGUGGCUGAUGUUGGAGGAGUCGUCUCUAGCAUUUUCAAUUCUCCAGAGGAGUUCUUCGGAAAGGCUGUGGGUCUUAGUGCAGAAGCACUAACAGUGCAGCAAUAUGCUGAUGUCUUGUCCAAGAGCUUAGGAAAAGAAGUCCGAGAUGCAAAGAUCACCCCAGAAGCUUACGAGAAGUUGGGAUUUCCUGCAGCAGAGGAGAUGGCCAACAUGUGUCGUUUCUAUCGUAUGAGGCCAGACCGUGAUGUCAAACUCACCCACCGGCUAAACCCCAAAGUCAAAAGCUUUAGCCAGUUUCUGGCAGAGAACAAGGGAGCCUUGAAGGGCAUUUGAGCUGUUCACCCAGGUGCCUGACCAGAAACCUUCUCGCUACCUAAUCCGUGAUCUCUUUACAGAAACAGGUGCUUACAGAACAGGUGUGUUAGGAUGCAAAGGUUUGUAGCACCAAAUAUUUCUCUUUUUUCUCUCUUAUGUAGGAAAAACCUGCAGUGGUGAUUCCACACAGUAAUUUUGACUCACAUAGAACUUUUCAUCUCCUAGUGACCCUGUUGGGCUAAGUGAAGAACUCCAGACCUAUCAUCCUCUGUUAGCUUUCUGUCUACAAGACGCACGUUACUUCUGAAGGCUUUGCGUGGGGGAACGUGUAGGCUCCUUUCUCUCUAAUAAGAAUGAGACGCUCUCAGGUCUUUUCUUGCAAAAGUGAUCUUGAAUGCACCCUGGCUCUGAAGUCCAUUGUUAUAGUCUCAGCAAACUUUUAAUUUCUUAAAAUAAAAACCUUUGUAGUAGUCUUACCUGAGGACACCAUACUCAACAAAGCAGCACAUGUGUUGGGACCUGUUAAUUGUCUGAUUCACUAUUAAAUCGUCUGUUGAACCAUUA